UGAAUUUUCAUUUGAUUCAAUGAGAUAACUUUGUUUCCUUCAUAUCAACCAUUUUAGAUACAUUGCUCUAUCUGUUCUGUGGAUAUCGGUUUAUUUGAUCUUCACUUUACUUUCCGAAUUCUCCUACUGUCAAGAUAUCUGUCAACAACCUGUAUGGGAGAAAUAUGAAAAAGUAAUUUCGGAAAACAGUUCGUAUAAAUAUUCUCACUAUUAUAAAUACUCACAGAGAAUUCGUCUUAAUCAGCCCUACCCAGUCAUUAGUGAUAGUUUUAAAACAGUUAAUGACAAUCAAGAUGUUAUACCGAAAUUCAUGUUUCAAUAUUACGGUAGAAACGUCAGUAAACUUAAGAUUGGCACUUUAGGUUCUAUAGAAAUAUUUGGAGAGAAAAAACUGGGUAAUAUAAACCAUAACAUACCGGCGUUUUUUGAUAUGACAUAUGAGAUUCUGGAUAAUAAUCAAUUGAUCGCUAUCAAAUGGAAUUUGCGGAUAUUUGUAAAUGAACUUAAAUCCAAGGUGACUAGUGUGAUACAUCCAAGUGGGAAGAUAUCUUUUUAUUAUGAAAGUAUUACCACAGAAAUGGAGGAUAAUAAACGGUACUCUCUGAUUCGCGGUGUAUUCCAGUGUGUAAGAAGGGAUAAAGAUGUUGUGAUAGAACCUCAAAUAAUUGUUCCUGAAAAAUGGAUCAAAAGUGACACGUUAGUGGAGUUUGUACCUAUCGAGAUAACUUGUUCGGAAUACAAUUCGAUUGAUGAAUGUCUAAAUUCGAAAACAUUUAAUAUGGAAUGUAUUUGGUGUGAAAAAACCAACAUGUGCAUUAAUAGUCAUGAAUUGAUAGUAAAGGACUGCCAUAUUGAAAACAUGACUUCAGAAAUAAUCGUAUACAGUAAACCAAAUGGUACACUUUAUUACCUGCAAAUUGUGUUGCCAAUAGUCAUCUUAUUCUGGGUUGUAUGUACCGGUUGUGUUAUUUGGAUAUGGUUAUCUCGAAGGAAGAAAAAUCGUUUAAUACACACAACAGCAGAUGUAAAGUGUGCUUGGUGUGAAGAAACUGACAAGUACAUUCAAAGCAAUGAUAAGAAUAGUCCGGAAGUCAAGGUUAUUGAUCACCGUGUUGAAGAUGUUGACCAUUUGAAUACAGAAACACUCAGCUAUCACAAUCAAACUUCUUUGGAAAGCACCGAAGUUGAAAUCGAUGAUGUUAUAGACACUAAUGAAUGAACGGAAACUAAUUUGACAAAUACGUUUCAUUGAAUAAUAAUUGUUUUGCUUCGUUUUCUUUUCAUAAUACGACUUUACAAAUGAUACACAAUAAAGAAAGUUCAUCAUUUCAUUACUGAAACAUUUUGAUACUAUCAGUUGUUGUUCACUUUGUUGUAUGCAUCGAAUGUGUGUGUGUGGUGUUUGUAUGAACCAAGCAUUCUUUUGAACUUACUGACUUCUUUAUUUCGAACUUUAAUACAAUACAAUACAUUCACUCAUGCUCAUCUAGUACUUCUUGAUUAAAUUCAGUAAUUUCUCGGAUUCCUAGCUUGUACUAUAAUUCAAAUACCUUUCAUCACUACACUGUGACAUAUGGCUGUAGUAAUCUAAAAAAAAAAAAGAAGUGUAAUGUAUGAUCCUUAGAAACGCCUCAUAACUUGCUUUCAUUAUUCAUAGUUGCUCUAUUUUGUAACUGAUGGUAAAAAGACUUUAUAUUUUGUUGUACAUUUGAAUACUAUUGAACAAUGUACCAUUUUCUAUGGUCAUUUUUGUAAUUUUCUAUAUAAAAUAUGAAACAUUUCGGAAUAA